CACAUAAAUGUCCACAUUUGAUUGCAGAAUGCAGAGAACAAAACAUAAACCCCACUAAAACCCCAAUCAAAAACCAGACCUCAUCAACACCCUUCCCACUUCACACUUCCAACAAUGCCCAUAACCAUAACCAUAACCCACACUCCUCAUUCCUCUAUCUCCACCUUCCCUCCUCCAUUUCCCAACUCUUCUGCACUUCGCCCCAAUUCAUUCCUUAAAUUCCACACUUCAUCAUCCCUCAGCUCCGGUGCUUCCACCUUCUUCAACAAAACCCUCCUAAUUCCAAACCCUAAUUCCGGUCGUUUCCUCCGCAGGAGAUCACCACUCCGCCGCGCUUCGCUCCGAGCCAGCGCAACCGCAUCAACCGACUACUACUCCACUCUGAAAGUCGGUCGCAAUGCCACUCUGCAAGAAAUCAAAGCCUCCUACAGAAAGCUCGCUCGUAAGUAUCAUCCGGAUCUGAAUAAGGGUCCUGGUGCAGAAGAGAAGUUUAAAGAGAUAAGUGCUGCAUAUGAGGUCCUAUCAGAUGAUGAGAAAAGAUCUUUAUAUGAUCGCUUUGGUGAGGCAGGUUUACAGGGGGAAAAUGGUGGGUCAAGCAAUUAUUCACAGGGAGUGGAUCCAUCCGUAAUAUUUGAUGCAUUCUUUGGUGGGUCCGAUGGGCUUUUCGGAGGAAUGGGUGAACAAGGAGGCAUCAAUUUCAACUUUAGAAACAGGGGAAACCAGGCUCUUGACAUUCGGUAUGACCUUUAUAUGAGCUUUGAGGAAGCAAUUUUUGGUGGACAGAAGGAAAUAGAAGUCCCUUGUUCUGAGACAUGUGAUAAGUGCGAUGGAACAGGAGCGAAGUCUAGUAGUUCCAUAAAAUCAUGUAGGGCAUGUGGUGGUAGAGGAGGGGUAAUGAAAAGUGAGAGAACACCAUUUGGAGUAAUGUCACAGGUAUCAACUUGCUUAAAGUGUGGAGGUGAUGGCAAGAUAGUCACUGAUCAUUGCCAAUCCUGUGGUGGCAGUGGUCAAGUGCAGUCAAAGCGUAAUAUGAAAAUUGUCAUCCCACCUGGUGUUAGUGAUGGAGCCACAAUGCAAAUUCAAGGAGAGGGAAAUCUUGAUAGGAAAAGGGGCAUAGCUGGUGAUCUCUAUUUGGUCGUCCAUGUAAAUAAAAAGCAUGGAAUUUGGAGGGAUGGUCUUCAUUUGUACUCAAAAAUUAAUAUUGACUAUACUGAGGCAAUACUAGGGACUGUAGUAAAGGUAGAAACUGUUGAGGGUAUGAGAGAUCUUCAAAUUCCUUCUGGGAUUCAGCCUGGAGAGAGAGUUAAAAUGUCACGCAUGGGUGUUCCAAACAUCAAUAAACCUUCUUUUAGAGGUGAUCAUCACUUUAUCGUGAAUGUUCUGAUCCCAAAAGAUAUCAGUGAUGGCAGUGACACAGAACGUGCACUUGUUAAGGAAUUAGCAUCGCUUAGAGCAUCCAGCAGACUCCAUUCUGAUUCUGCCAAUACAAAUGGGACAAUGCAUGGUGAUUUUAAUGAACAUAAAAUUAGAGACCUUAAAAACCAUGCUUCAAGUCCAGGGAUCAAAGGUGUUGCAUCUUUGUGGAAAUCAAUUAAGAAUUUCUUGGGGCAAAGACGAUCUGAAGAAGGGUUUGCAUCAGUCAGCUUCGACUCAUCCUCAUCAUUGUGGAGGUGUAGCAAGCCAGAUUCCUCAUUGGCAUUUUCAAUUUUUAUAUUUUUUAUUAUUACUUGUAUAUUUACCUUGAUUAGACAGACUGAUGACUGCACAUCUGUACAAAAAAGAAACGAUAACCCUAGUGCCUGCAGAAAACAAAAAGAACGUAAUUACAGAAUUUUUUAGGCUCAGAUAACUGAUAAGAUUUUAUCUGCUUGCUAUACUGUAAUAGACAAUGGGACUUGAAGUUAUGUAUCAAUUUUGCCGCAUC